UAAAAAUGCUAUAAUGAUCAUUUUAAUUGUUUUUUCUCUAUAUGAAACACCAAAGGUAUAAGUCUACCAAAAUGCUAUAAUGUAUGUAGUUAAAUUGUCCAAUAUAUGAUUGGGGACUAAAAUUCUAACGUAGCUACGUGUUCCAAUGAGAGAACACACAAAAUGAGCACAAAGUAUAGAGGUUGAAACACACAAUAAUAUAGCUUUAUACAAAGUCACUUUAUUCAAUUAUUGUAUUUUAAUUCACAAUUCAAUUAUUGUUUUAUAAAUUGAAUAUAGUAAUUCAAUUUGCUAUCCUCUAUAUAGAUAGAUAUCAUGUGCUUAUAGCUUUCCACAACUUCAAGACCCCCAAAAAAUAUCAAAGUGUCAUUAAUAGAAAGACGAGAAAGAAAGACCAACCCUGAAACAUGGCUGAAGAACAACAAAACUCAGAUCAGAGCAAUGGUGGAAACGUUAUUCCAACUCCUGAAGAAGUUGCUACGUUCCUGCACAAAACUGUUGAAGAAGGUGGAUGGGAAAAAUGUUGGGAAGAAGAGAUAACACCAUGGGACCAAGGGAGAGCCACACCUCUCAUUGUUCAUCUUGUCGACACUUCCUCACUCCCACUUGGCCGUGCUCUGGUCCCCGGCUGUGGUGGAGGACACGACGUCGUUGCGAUGGCAAGUCCUGAACGCUUCGUUGUUGGAUUGGAUAUUUCCGAAAGCGCACUCGCGAAAGCUAAUGAGACUUACGGCUCCUCACCAAAGGCAGAGUACUUUUCGUUCGUGAAGGAAGAUGUUUUCACGUGGCGUCCUACUGAAUUAUUCGACCUCAUCUUCGAUUAUGUGUUCUUCUGUGCCAUUGAACCGGAGAUGAGACCUGCAUGGGCUAAAUCUAUGUAUGAACUCUUAAAACCUGACGGCGAACUCAUAACUCUCAUGUAUCCGAUUACCGACCACGUUGGUGGACCUCCCUACAAAGUAGAUGUCUCUACCUUCGAAGAGGUGUUGGUGCCUAUAGGAUUUAAGGCAGUGUCUGUCGAGGAGAAUCCUCACGCCAUUCCAACUCGUAAGGGCAAAGAGAAGCUGGGAAGGUGGAAGAAGAUCAAUUGAUCCCUAAGAAAGAGAUCUUACUGUUUGGUAAGAGUGUUAUAUGUGUGAUCUACAAAGAGUAAAAUGAUUAUCUUCCUUUAUUUGCUCUAUGUAUGUUUCAAUGUUGAUGAUUAUUAUGAGUAACAAUAAUGUUUAUUAUCAAACAAUCUCUUUUAUCAUACUUAAAACUAAAAUAAUACAAACAAAAAACAUAAUAAACGGAGUUAUAGGUGAAUGUAUAGUAGAUAUGCAAGCAAAAUGAUAUAAACC